GUGGUUCUGUGAAUGUUCACGCAGUCCUUACGCCAUAGCAAUGUACACAUGUAUGCUUAAUUAUGAAUAGCAACUCAAUAUGGAGGAGGGAGGCGUGUGAAAGGUAUAUCCCAGCACACUGACUGCCUGUUAUGUUUUGCUCAAAUGGAUAAAACUGCCUAAAAGAAGGGGACUUGAUUCUUGCUGACUUUCUGUCUUUGGGUAACAGGGUAAAGAAUGGGGACUCAUAUUUGCUUGACAAACAUCUGGGUCCCGUUUUCACUGUUGUACUGUUAAAAGUCAAAUUAUUUUCUUGUGCUGCUCUUCAUGCCCAGCUGUCAGCAUUUUCUGAGCCAGGGCGGUGGAAGUCAGUGCAGUUGUUUCAUUUCCCUUUUUAAGAUUCCUUGUGCUGCAGUGUUUGCUUUUCAGAUGCAGAACAGGGAUCUGCGCUUAUAUGAACACCAACAUUUUCUAUUGUUUUUUCUUGGAAGAAAUGUCAUGUCCACGAUUUCCUCUACUCCCCCAGCCAUUUCUGGGCAGCCUGGGAUCACAAGGUUGUGGUUUGGCCCAACAGAGACCCUUUAAGGUCCCAAUCCUGCAAUCCAAGCUAAAACAAUGAGCUCUGCAGGAUAAGUGGGAGCGAAGAGGCAGAGAAAGGAACCUGGUCUUGAAGCAGGACGUGCCUCGUUUGUACAACGCCAAAUGUGAGAAAGGCAGACACAGUCCAGAAGAGUUGACAGUUGACGUCUCUCGCUGUAACACAGCAGCGCAACACCGGUUCCUAAAUGGCCUCAGGUAUGGAUGGGAAGAAAUGCAGCGUGUGGAUGUUUUUACCUCUUGUGUUUACCCUGUUUACAUCAGCUGGAUUAUGGAUAGUGUACUUUAUAGCAGUGGAAGAUAACAAAAUUCUCCCACUAAAUGUACCAUAUAGGACACCUGGUUCCAAAAGACCACCAUAUAUAAGUAUUGCAGGUGAUGCACCUCCUGCAAGCUGCGUGUUUAGCCAAGUUAUGAACAUGGCGGCAUUUCUAGCACUUGUUGUGGCUGUCCUGCGCUUCAUUCAGCUGAAGCCCAAGGUGCUAAACCCUUGGCUGAAUGUCAGCGGCCUGGUGGCGUUAUGCUUGGCCUCUUUUGGGAUGACCCUACUUGGCAACUUUCAGCUUUCCAAUGAUGAAGAGAUCCACAAUGUGGGCACAUCACUGACCUUUGGGUUUGGGACCUUGGCAUGCUGGAUCCAGUCUGCCCUCACUCUCAAGAUCAACCUGAAGAACGAGGGAAGGAAAGUUGGCAUUCCACGAGUCACCCUGUCAGCCAGCAUCACCCUCUGCGUGGUGCUCUAUUUCAUCCUCAUGGCACAGGGCAUUCACAUGCAUGCUUCCAGAAUCCAGUGGGGCCUGGUCAUGUGCUUCCUGUGCUACUUUGGCACCUUUGCAGUGGAGUUCAGGCACUACAGAUUUGAGAUCGUUUGUUCUGAGUACCAAGAAAACUUUCUGAGCUUUUCCGAAAGCUUAUCGGAAGCUUCAGAGUACCAGACAGAUCAGGUGUAGCUUGUCCUCUGGCAGGGGCAGGGGGGAGGGACAGGGAGGAAGGGGGCAGGUGUGGUCUCAUGGGUUAAACAUGACCUCAUUUACACUUUUUUGAUGAGUUUGUUUUCAUGUGCAAUCAUCACCGUAUUGCCAAAGGGCUCUGAAGGUGGCUGUCUCAUUAAGAGCCAAACAAAAAUAGCUGUCUGCUGGAAGAGGAGUGGAUUGUUCUCAGCAGCAGCAUGAGAGCACAAGCUGUUUAACUUGUGCUACCAGUGACCUCUUUCUGAGUGGCUCUGUCACACUCCCAUUGUUCAAAACAUUCAACAGCCAGUCCUCACCAUGCCCCUUCGACACAGGCACUCCUCAGCCUGUUCUGCAGAGGAGGAGAUGAAGAAAUCAGAACUCUUCAGGCACCAAGAGUCUUCAGGAGGUUCCCGUGUCACCAGACUGCAUCUUUUGUGUGCUACUUGUGUUGUUUCCUUUGCUGCCAACUGGUGGAACUUGAUAGGGUGAGAAAGAGCAUCUCUUUCUUCUGGACUUGGAAUCGAGCCAUGGAAGGCUCUAACUGACUGGGUUUUA